CUGCACUCCUUACUAGCAAUGAUGAUAUUACAAAGUUUGAAAAACUUCUACAAGAAAACAAGCAACAACUUCUACAAGAAAACUUCUACAAGAGCACCAAGCCUCCCCACAAUCUUUCUUGGUUUUGAAAAUGGACAUAGGCAGAGAUUGUUGGCUAUUUUUACCACUGCUGAUAUACUCAAAUAAUGUUCUGUGCUUGAUUAGUUUUUUUAAGAAACCCAAGAGGUCAAGAUGAGGAGCAACAAAGCAGGAACAAUUUAGUGGAACUGACCAAAGGGACAAGAGAAAUUUUAUUGGGAUCACGAUCUCGUACCAUUUUUCUUUCAACAUUAAUUUUAAAGAGAAAGAAAAGCAAAGAAAGCUUUGUAUUCCCAAGGGUAUCAUGCAGAAUCUGUAUGUGUUCAUACAUUGUAAUAAUUGCAAGACUUCUUCAGAGAGUGUAUUAUUCCCCUAUGAGAAUUCCGGCGUUCUUAGUAGUCAUGAAGGCUGAGCUCCUGCCAAAAGAACCGUUUUAGUUUUUACUAAGAAACUUUCGGUGACAGUCUUCCAAGAGAGAGCCACCAAUUCCAGAACAAAUUCACAAUAUCUGGCUUUCAUAAAAAGCAAAUGGAUCAUCGUACUGGGUACUUUAGUAGCAACUGAUAACACACUUGGCUCUUUUUUGAUGGACGAGGAAUAUCUCGGGAAGCAGAAAGGUCAAAAUCUUUUCUGCCAUUGGAGAAAACAAACAAUCUGCAACUCCAGAAAUCUUUGGUCAUCUGUAGUCCAAGUAGUAACCAUAUCCAGCUUUGCUUACUUCCUAGUCCAAAGAAGACAGGAGACCAUGACAGAAGCUGAGAACUUUACCUCCGUCAAGGAAUUCAUCCUGCUGGGACUCACCAGCCAUAGAAAAAUCCAGCUUCUCCUCUUUGGGGUCAUUCUUAUCAUCUACUCGCUUACAGUAUUGGGGAACUUAUUGAUCAUGAUAUUGGUGAAGGUUGAUGUAAAACUCCACACACCCAUGUAUUAUUUUCUUUUCCAACUUGCAGGGGUAGAUAUCUGCUAUGUUACCAGCACCAUGCCUCUCAUGUUGACUCAGCUCCUGACUGAUGAUGGAACCAUUUCUUUAACUUUCUGUAUGAUCCAGAUGUACAUUGCCUUGGCCACAGCUUCUGUUGAGGUUCUCCUGUUGGGGGUCAUGGCCUAUGACCGCUACCUGGCCAUCUGUUGCCCUUUACUUUAUCCUGUUCUCAUGGGUAAACAGUGUCAGUUGCAGUUCACUUUAGCAUGCUGGAUCAUAGCUCCUCUGGUCUGUGUGAUUUGUAUUGUCUGCCUCGUUUGCCAAAACUAUUGUGGUCCCAAUGAGAUCAAUCACUUCAUAUGUGAGGUGCCAAUGGUGUUGAAACUUGCAUGUGGUGAUACCAGUAUUACUGAGGAUAUCAUUUUUGGAAUAGGCUCGUGUGUCCUUCUGGGUCCCCUUUCUUUUAUACUGACCUCCUAUGGAUUUAUUCUUCGUACUGUGUCACAAAUGAAAUCACACGUGGGGAGGCACAAGGCUUUCUCUACCUGUGUCUCCCAUCUCCUUGUGGUCUCCUUGUUUUAUGGCCCUUCCAUCUGCGUGUAUCUGCUUCCAGAGACUGAAUCAUCAUCUAAUCGCGAUAAACAAAUUGCAGUCUUCUACGUUGUGAUCACUCCUCUGCUCAACUCUAUCAUUUAUACUCUGCGAAACAAGGACAUCCAUAGGGCAGCAGCCAAGAUCUUGUGAAGAAGGAGCUUUGAACAAAACUAUUAUGGUUUGUGUCAAGAUUGAACAACUUU